CUAUCUCUCUUCCUGCUAUCUUGCGGAUUCUUGUGUGGAGUCGUGGAUUUCGGGCUUGAUUCCGGCUGGAGGAAGCAGAUGUUCUUCGGGAGCGCUGGAUUCCUCUCAGCCGGAAGGAAAUGCUGGUGUGAUUCGUGAGUAGAGCAGAAAUUUGCUGGCUGGAAGAUUAUUUCGGGGAAUUAAAGGGUUGAGGGCUUGCUUUCCUAUUUGCUCUUCUUUUUUUAGCUUUGCAUAGAGUGGAUUGUAAGCUCCUCCGGCAUCUUGGGCGAUGAAUGCUGCGAGCAUCCUAGAAUUGUCUAAACUUUGCUUGUCGCGGACUUCUCCUCAAAUCUUGCGAAACAAUCGAGCUGCCGCGCUCUUCUCACUGACGAGACGCGGAAGAAUUCUUUUCAAAGAGACUCCGAGAUGCCACCGUCAGCGAUGCAAGAUGUUUUUCCCUCGACGCCAGGCAAGGUGAAGAUGGAGAGAAACAACUACUUUGGACGAGUUUCCAACAGAUGGCAUUCUUCCGGGUCGGGGAGGUAUUUCUUCUGGAUGUUUGUUUCGGUAGCGCUUAUGUUCUACGCGUUCUUCCACAUAUCGGCUCCACCGGCAGUCCAAACAGGAUUGGAAUCCAGGCACUUUGGGAACAGGGCCUUAGCUUGGGGGGGAUCGAAAUGGGAGAAGCAAGUCAGACACUCUGCUCGGACCAAGAGAGAAAACGGGAUGGUAGUUUUAGUCACAGGCGCUGCUGGCUUCGUCGGCACUCACGUAUCGCUGGCUCUCAAGAAACGGGGUGACGGUGUGGUCGGACUGGACAACUUCAACAGCUACUACGACCCUUCACUCAAGCGAGCAAGGCAGGAACUUCUGGAGAAGCAGUCGGUCUUCAUCGUCGACGGGGACGUGAACAACUCGGAGCUCCUCGCCAAGCUCUUCAGCAUGGUUCCGUUCACUCAUGUCAUGCACCUGGCGGCGCAGGCGGGUGUCAGAUACGCCAUGCAAAACCCGGCCUCGUAUGUCAACUCCAAUAUCGCUGGACUGGUGACACUGUUUGAAGCUUGCAAGUCGGCCAAUCCACAGCCUUCGAUCGUCUGGGCCUCGUCGAGCUCCGUCUAUGGGCUCAACUCCAAGGUUCCGUUCUCCGAGGUGGACAGGACCGACCAGCCGGCGAGCUUGUACGCCGCGACGAAGAAAGCUGGCGAAGCCAUCGCUCACAGCUACAACCACAUAUACGGGCUCUCCAUCACCGGUUUGAGGUUCUUCACGGUUUAUGGACCUUACGGACGCCCGGACAUGGCUUACUUCUCCUUCACCAAGGACAUCUUACAGGGAAAGCCGAUCAACAUCUACCAAGGACCGGAUCAAACCGACCUCGCCCGCGACUUCACGUACAUCGACGACAUUGUCAAGGGGUGCUUGGGUGCUCUGGACACGGCGCUUCUCAGCACUGGAACAGGCGGGAAGAAACGAGGCCCGGCUCAGCUCCGAGUCUACAACUUGGGCAACACGUCCCCGGUGACGGUCCCCGAGCUGGUUAGCAUCCUGGAGAAGCAUCUCAAGGUGAAAGCGAAGAAGAACUUCGUCAAGAUGCCGAGAAACGGGGACGUUCCAUUCACUCACGCGAAUGUGACUCUGGCGAGGAACGAGCUGCGCUACAAUCCCAGCACGGAUCUCUACACGGGGCUCAAGAAGUUCGUCAAGUGGUACGAGAGCUACUAUGGUUUGACGAGCGGCUUGAGCGGUAGCAGGAAGAACAGGGCGAUCGAAUCGAGCUGAUGAAAGGGAUCGAUUGGUGGUGGUGGUGGUGGUGGUGGUGGAAAUAAAACGAGCGAGGAGCUACUACGGUGUUCAUAGUGGUCAGGAGAAAUUUUUUCUUUCUCUCUUUCUUUCGUUUCCAUGGUUUCUAGGAUGAGAAUUCUUUUCGCUUGUACAGACAGGGAAUAACCGGCUGAAGAACAUAGAGCCGGUCAUAUAUAAUGACGAUCAUCAUCUAAUCUC